CCAACGAACCGUGAGGCGGGACAUGCAGUGGGAAACAGGAAGUCCACGUUCAGCAUGUCUCUGUGGCUCGUGUGGAAAUGAGACAAGGAGUCGCCCAACUUAAAAUCCCAUCAUAAAGCCAGCACUUUAUCCAGUCUAAUCUCCUGGUGCCAUGUGGCCAGUGAUCUGGGCAGCUCUUCGUACUUAUGCCCCUUAUGUUACAUUCCCGGUUGCCUUGGUUGUGGGCACAGUGGGCUAUCACCUUGAGUGGUUUAUCCGAGGCAAUCCGUCCUUACCUAAAGAGGAAAAGAGCAUUUCAGAGUUGAGAGAGGAUCGCAGACUGGAGGAACUAAAUGGAAAUGAUGUCACACAGGUCAGGAGCCUGAAAGACAAACUGGAAUUUGCCCCCAGAGCUGUGCUGAACCGCAACAGACCUGAGAAAAGUUAAAACAAUAGGAAAAUAUCAUUAAUGUACAGUAUAUUUGUAUAUUAAUUGAUGAUGAUGGAAAGUGAUAAAUGACUUAUUUUACAAACCUUAUGCAGUUAUACAAUGCAAAUAGAUAUUCUUGAGACACCAUGGUAUAGUGCUUUUUUAAUAAACUGUUACAUACUGUUGAUUCAGGAUGGUUUCAUUUACCAAAGAUGGAAUGAAGAAAAUGAGGGAGUACUGUGUCUUUCCUGUGGUGAGAACCAUGUCCACAUUAAGAUUUUUUCCUGCAAAUCUUAUUGCCAUUUAAUUCAGGCAUGAAUUGUGAAAAAAAAUACAGUAUCUCAAGCCACACUUGUGUUUUUCAGUUUAUCCUAUCCUGAAUCAAACUAAAUGUUAACAUUUUAUUAUGUUUUUUGGUUCCUUAAAUUAUUUCCUAUUGAAAAUAAAGAUGAUUAGGAUGAUUGAUGUUAGUGUUUCAUAAUGAACGUGUUGCCUGAUUGGUAUUUUUUCAGAAUUCUUUUGACUAUUUGCCCUUUUCUUUUUUGGGCUUAGUUGAAAGUGUGAUGUAAGCAUGACUUAAACUGUUUCUUACAUGAUCUAAAAUUGUCGGACUUGAUGAAUAGCACAGAAGGCUUAAAUAUGUUUAUGCUUUUUUUCUGAAAUCAGUGUUGUGUGACCACUAGCUAAAUAAAGACUAUUAAAAUACCCAG